GAACACAUUUAGCUGUUGCAAUCCGCUGUCACUGGAUCGACAUGGCGUCAGGGUACAUACUAAAUCGUGGGGUGCUAACAUUAGGAAUUCAUUGCCAACGUGUUUGCAGAAAUGUAUCAUUAUCGCAGGUUAGAGAGAAAAAGCGAUGGAUGAAGGCAUACACAUACCUCAUGGCAAAGAAGUUAAAACUGGAGGGACCGCCACCACCGAAGCCACGCUCUCAAAAACCUCUCUGGGAUUACCAUACUGAGGUUCAGGCUUUCAGCACCCGUCUCCAUGAGAACUUUUCCUUGGAGCUACUCAAAACAGCCUUCAUCAAUCCCUGUUACCUAAAGGCUGAGCAAGAGAGGAGACAGGGGUUGGGCGUGGACUCUGAGACCACUGCUCUUGUUCUGAAAGAUAAUAUUCAGCUAAAGGCAAAUGGUGCAGGUUUCACCAAAAGCUUCCUGACCGACUGGUGCAGGGCCAGCUUUCCGAGCCUGCCCAGCGAGGGAGUGGAGAGUAUCGUAGGGUACCUCAACAGUUCAGCAGUUGUUACCUAUGUAGCCAGAAAUCUCGGCAUUGAAGACCUAACCAUGAGUGCAGAAUUCCCUGUUCCUGAUGAUGUGCUCCAUUCUACAUUCAUGGCAGUGAUUGGGUCUCUACAGGAGAGCAGUGGAGCAGAGCGAGCAGGAUUCUUCCUAAGGGAUUUCCUGGUCACUCAGCUGAUAGGAAAGGACCUGUUUGAUAUGUGGAUAGUGGUCAACCCAAUGGGGCUACUGGUGGAAGAGCUUUCUAAGAGGAAUAUCUCUUUGCCCGAGCCUCGCCUCAUCAGGUCUGCUGGAGCAAGCACUGUCCUGCCACUAUACUUUGUUGGCUUGUACAGUGAUAAGAAGCUACUGGCUCAGGGUCCAGGAGAGACACUCGUGGCAGCCGAGGAGGAGGCAGCUCGUGUGGCCCUCCGGAAACUCUACGGCUACAAUGAGAACCGCAGACCGUUUGACUUCUCUCCACAGCAGCAGGAGCAUCGGCAGCCAUUAAUUCAGUCAGUCAGCAGCAAUUAAUGAAGUAACAGAACAAAAUAAUUUCAAGGGGUGAAGUCAAAAACCAAAGGAAGCUUGAACCUAUUUAAAAGGUAAUUUCAGAUACAGUACAUCUUGUUUGAGGAGUAGAAACCUGGUACAGAUUGUAAGGAGAAAGUGAAGGAAGCUUGGGUCACCAUCUACCUUGUUAAGCAUCAGUCCAACAGUGCACUUGUCAGGAUUGAUUCUGUUGGGUAUUCAAAUGUCAGUUCCCCCGCAAAAAGGAGACUAAAAAGAGCCUCGAUGUCCAAAUAAAAGGUGUGACUCUGGUGUGAGAUCCAAGUUUCCCCUGAAUUGGGCAGUAAUCUAAUCAAAACAUUUUUGAAUAAACUGUAUAACAUAAUCAAGUGUAAAGUCCAUCUCACAAAAUAGUCCUGAUAUGCGAUUGUUCUUGUAAAUAAUACAAUUGCCAUUUGGUUUACUUGGUAUUCUAUUAUUAAAUGUUGUUCUCUAUGUAAUCUGUAAUAAAAAGUCAUAUGUAUGUGUACAUCCUAA